AUGAAACGCAACGCCCGGCUCUGGUGCCCUUUCCAGAAGGGCACCGACGAGAUCACCCGGAAGGCCCAGGCCUGCCGCCUGCGCAAGCUCCCGGAGAGCGGCUGGAGGAAAGACGUGAUCAUGUCUGACACAGCCGUGGCGCAGAAGCGGGCCUUGAUCAGGAGGAAGAAGAGGGAACAGAUUGGGACUCAGCCCCCUGGAGCCCAGGGUCUGACUGAAGAGCAGCAGAUGAUGAUCAGGGAGUUGAUAACCGCUCAGAUGAAAACCUCUGAUAGCAUCUUCACGCAUUUCAGGAAUUUCCGGCUCUCCCUGCAGCUGCGGGGGGAAGAUGGCAGCAUCUGGAACUACAAGCCCCCGGCCGACAAUAGUGGGAAAGAGAUCUCUUCCCUGUUGCCCCACAUGGCUGACACGUCAACCUACAUGUUCAAAGGCAUCAUCAACUUUGCCAAAGUCAUUUCCUAUUUCAGGGACCUGCUCAUCGAGGACCAGAUCUCCCUGCUGAAGGGGGCCACCUUUGAGCUGUGCCAGCUGAGAUUCAACACGGUGUUCAACGCAGAGACCAGGACCUGGGAGUGUGGUCAGCUGUCCUACUGCUUGGAAGCCCUGCCGGGUGGCUUCCAGCAGCUUCUACUGGAGCCUGUAUUGAAAUUCCACUACCUGCUGAAGAAGCUGCAGCCGCAUAAGGAGGAGUGUGUGCUGAGGCAGGCCAUCUGCCUUUUCUCUCCAGACCGCCCGGGUGUGGGGCAGUGCCGCUUGCUGGACCAGCUGCAGGAGCGGUUCGCCAUUACCCUGAAGGCCUACAUCGAGUGCAACCGGCCCCGGCCCGCCCACUGGUUCCUGUUCCUGAAGGUCUUGGCUCUGCUCGCCGAGCUCCGCUGCAUCAACGUCCAGCACACCCAGCGGCUGCUGCGCAUCCAGGAGAUUCACCCCUUUGCCACCCCACCCACGCAGAAGUUGUUCAGCAUCACAAAUGGCUGAGCGGCCGCCCCGCGGCAGUCAGAGCCAGAGCCACCACUCCUGGGGCUACACAGACAGAC